AUGGAUGGGGAUCUUGAAAGAACGAUAGAGUCUCUUUUUUCACCCAAAAUCAAAACCCGUAACGAUGUGUUGGAUCACCUAGAAAACUCCUUGGAUUCCCAGAACUUUACCAAAAAUAUAGAUAAAAAGCUGGCUGCUUCUUUAAUCAAUGGGUUGUACUCGUCAAUUGAAGUUGAUUUAACCCUUUUGCGCUCAGGCAAAGGCUCUUCAAGCGCCAUUGAGUCAAGGCUUGUUAAAGCUUCCAGAAGUAUUAGAAAAUUCCUUCAGAACAGAGGCCCAAAGUUGAAAAAUAACCAGAUAUCCAAAAUAAUGGGUAGGAUAUUGUCGACUUUUGAAACUAUUCAUUAUAGACCAAUGUCAUUGGAGUUUGCUAAGAGCUUGUCAUUCUUGACGUCUAAGACCUUGUACAUAUUGUCAAUGAGAGAUCCAGACUAUACAUCAAUAGUCAAGUCAUUGAUACGAAUAUUGAACAAAGAAUUUCAGAGACAUGAAGCUUCCAAUGGGGAUAACAUCAUCUGUGCGGUUCUAGAGGCACUUCACAACACCAUAUCAUCCUUUGCAUUGUCGUCGCCGAGAUCAAGCUUAUUCGCCAAAUCUAAUGAUUUAUUGAUAUCUUUAGUGGAAAUGUUGACGAAAUUUAUCGAAAGAUUCCAGAAAAGUUCUUUGAAUAUGGUGCUCGCUUUCAAGAUGGCCAAUUUCAUCAUUAUCAAUGGCUGCUUGGAAUCAGUUAAAUUGGUACAUCGGUUGAUUCUAAAAUUUAUGAAGGUUUUGCCCUGUCUUCAACUAUACAAUUAUUCUUCUCUUAAAGAUAUAGUUCUAGUGUUUUUGAAUUUAUCUGGAGAUUAUAUUAUUUCCUAUCAUAGAGUUCCUCGCCAAUCUCAAUCAGAAAAUAUUGCCGAGUUGGAUGACCUAAAAACCAUCAAGACAAUGAUUGUUGAAAUAAUUAACUUAAUCGACUUACAACUUAUUAACUCCAAGGACCAUGAGUACGAUCUUCAUAUAAAAUCAAUAAAUUUCUAUGACAGCGCAAUACAUCAUAAUAUAAGCCAUUGGUUUAAACUUGAUUUCAUUUUCCUCUCGCCCAAACAAAAAAAUCAACCAUUUCAUUCAGACCAAAGGGCAUGGUUGUCUAGAGUAGUUACCGCGAAACUCGUAGCUAUCUACUUUGAGAUUCUAAAGAUGAAUGAAAAUCAAGAUGAUGAAGAGGAGCUGCAGCAAAAGCCAAUGUUAAAAAAGAGAAAGGUGGUUCAUAAUUCAUUUUUCGGGAAAAUGAAUGGUGGUGCUAUAACCGAUACUGAUUUCAAUUUAGUAGAAGUGUUGAACCAAUCUAGUUCAUUUAUGAAUUUUUUGAGCUUAUUGCUCAAGGUAAACAAAGAAGUUAUUGGUUGCCAGAUUCUAUUAUUCUAUCUUUCUAUGAAGCCAAGGUUAGAUAUAUUAAAUGAUAAUUCAUUAUUAAAUGUGGUUGAAGCAAUUUUUUGCAAGCUUGAUGAUACUAAGCUUUCGGGUUGGUUAUUAUUGGCUUCAAAAGUGAUUUUGGAGUACUUGUUGGUGCAGGACAUCUCUAGAAUUGAAACCUGUUACGGAUUCAAGGGCCUUGAAAAAUUGUUAAAAAUUUGUUUACAAUCUUUGAAUAAUAGUACUUAUGGAUCUGUUUGCUGCUCUACUGCCAUUACCAUUUUAAAUUAUUUUGAGGCAAAGGAUUAUAUGAAGCUCAAAUUAGCAAAUGAUUCAAUUCUAAACCAAAUUGUGUACUCCAUGAUCGAUCUAGCGGAAAUUAGGGGCCCAGCUACAGUGAAUAACCACAGCUUUAUGUUUUGGUUCAAGUUAUACGCCAGCUUUGGUAACCACUCCAAAAUUGGCAAUAUUAUUAGUGAAAAGGUAUUGCUUUGGCUUUUAGGAAAAUUUGACAGAAUGGUGUCUACAUUGAAUGAUAACCAAAACUCGAUACUUGGUACCUUCUUAGUAUGGAUUUUGGGAGGCCAAGGGAUAACUGUUACCAAUGAUCAACUAUAUGGCACGGAUGGAAGUUUUUAUGAUUUCAAAACUUAUAGCAGAAGCUUUAUGAAUUAUUGCGUGCUAUGGAAAAGUAGUGAAGAGUUUAGGGAUCGACUCGCCUUGAAUUUUGUUAGCGCAUAUCAACCCGGUGACAGUUUACUGGUUGGUCCUCUUCAGAAAUCCUCAAACCUGCAAGAAUUAGUUGACCAAUUAUUGUUAACUUGGUUCAAGUCAUUAGAUGAGAUUUCGACGGGAACCCAGUUAGAACCUAGCGCAAGUUCAAAGGGUGAUAAUUCUACAAUUUCUACUGUAUUAGCUUUACAAUUACUUGAUGUUUAUAUCUUGAAGCUUGAUGACACAGUGUUGAAAGGCAGUAAGCACAACAUUGAAUUUAAAUUGGAGUCUGUUUUGCAGGAGAGACUAUGCGAGGCCUCAGCAUUAUCUUUGCUUAAUAACUUCUCUUUGUUGAAUAGUUACUGUCUGCAAAAGACCGAGAUUCAUAAAACAAGGAAGGUGAAUCUUCUAAAAUUCAUAAAUUUGAGGAAAUUGGUGUUCAAUACUUUACAAUUACUUAAGAAUGGAGAAUCUGAAACCAUUGAAGGAUCAAGAUCCAUGAGAUACCACUCUCCAAGCCCAUUGCCGAGUGAAGAUCCCGAUGGGUUUGGGGCUGUGAGAAGACAUCGUGGUGAUCUAGAAUUUUCAGAUACUGAGAUUAAUCACUUCAAGUUGGCGGAAUUAUAUCUGAAAACUUCUUUACAAGAUCAACUUUUCUUGUUUGUAGCUGAUAUCAUUAAUUCUAGUGACCAAAGUGAAAAUGCUAUUGCCGAGGACUUUAAAGACUCCGUUGACUUCUUGAUGCUAUUGACGCCAUCUCAGUUUAUUGAUUGUUGCGGGUCCUAUUUCAAGAUAUUAUCAACUACUGAACGUCAUAAGUUGCCGAUGGGCAAGAAACUUGUGAGAUUGAUCGGUAACAAAUUGUUGGCUUCGGACCAUUUUGAAACCAAUGAAAUUGCUAUCUGUUUUGCGUGCCGCUUACUUUCAAUAAUCACUUAUGAAUAUUACAAAUUUGAAAAAGAUUACAACGAUGUUUUAAAGUAUCUUUUGGAACUCCAAAAAUCAAAGUUUCUUAACACCGCUGAUUCAUUGAAAGAAUUUCAAGCGUUGCUUUUAUUGUUAAUACCCGAAGUCUUCAACCUCCAGCCCGGCACUGAUGAAGGAAUCAUCCUGCCGUUAUUUAAAGUUGACCUUGGAACUCAUAUCACUGUUGCGUUCGAUAACCAUGAGGCAAAUUUUUUGCGAUUAAACUUGGCCAAUGAGUACUCCAAGUUCUUUGAGAGGGCAACUUGUGAGAUAAUUACUGCGUCUUAUAACAAAAUCUAUAAAGUGUUUGACUUACCUCAACAAAGCCUGGAAUGCUUUUUCACCUUUGCCUAUUUCUUGGCUUCCAGCACCAAAAAUUCUAAAUAUACCACCAGCUAUUACUUGUUUAAUGUGACGGAGUUCAUCUCGUUCCAUCAUUUAGAGGAUUAUAUAGUCAUGUGCUUUGACCUAACCGUUAAGAAAUUAGGGUUGAAGAACAGGAACGAGUUGUUUUGUCAGUUUAGACUAGAGAUUUUGCAGUUUUGGCAUCAAUCAAAGUCGCAAAUGACCGAGUUCCCGUUUGCGCUUUUUGGAUAUAGUUCAGAAAAAGAGUUCAUUUCAAGAAACUACCAGUAUAUAGUCCCGGUUAUUUUUUCCGGAAAGAGAUCAGGAAAUAGUGAAGAUAUGUUAAACUAUAUUGUAUCAAGUACUGGCAAAGAAGCGAAAAAACUUGUGUUUGAAUGCUUGCCCACGAUUGUUUGCUUGGCAUUCACGCAAAAUGGAAUAAAGAAUGAUGUCUUCAAAGGGGUCUCCUCUUGUGUUGGUAGUGAUCAAGUCAAACUGGUUUUCCGCAAAUGGUUAUCAGACAUUAUCUUAAGCGUGAUCAUCUUCUGCAAUUUAUCUGAUAGAAAGGCACUAUCAAUAGUUUUCAAAUCGGCCAAUGAGGAUGAUGGAUUACAAGAAUUCAAAAUAAGGGACACAAACAGCUUGAUUCCAUUAGAGGCUCCAGUAAUUGGGAUUGCUCCGAAAACCGCGAAGGCAUUAAUAAAGGUAUUAUUGGAGAAUUUUUACAAGGGUGAUAACUUUUGGAAACUGUCUACUAUUUUCUUCUUGACCACCAACAUUUUGCGGCUACUUAACGAUGCUUUAUCAAUUGAUGACAAAUUAUCCAAUUUGAGGAAAUUGAAUGUUAUUUUGUCAUACACCAUGGCCGAGAGCUACUCGCCUGAAAUCUUAAAAGCAGUGAUUUAUGGACUAUUACCAUAUGUGUUUGAUUAUAACUUGAAGGACGAAGUGUCAUACAUCAUGUUAAAAGCUUUGGUGGGGGGUUCAAAGUUGUUGGUGAAUUGUGAUUUAGUCAUAUUUAAACUAGUAACAGCUUUGGCAGGAGAGAUCUUGGAGACAGGUAAUAGAGUCGAAGCAUUGGAACGUUGGUUUAUCAAAUUUUAUAAUGAGUUGCUGGAUGAUACAGAAAUUAUAAAUUUGGUUUUAAGACAAUUAGUUAGUAUUUUGAAGAAUGAAAAUUGGCAACUUACAGCCCCACAGUUAACCAUGAUUAUCAAAAAAUGUUACAAUGAAAAAGGAUAUGCUCAGUGGUUGGAAGAAUUUGUCCCUAUUUUGUUUUUGUCAAAUGAUAAUGACUUUUCUUUGAUCAUUGAUUCCGUUUCUCCAGAUUAUACAUUGGCGACAUUUCUCUAUCACAUGAAGCGGAAAAAAGGGUCAUCGCCUAAAUUUUUGAGAUGGAGGGCUAAUUAUUUAGGUUGUUUUUACUCUGAGACUGGAGUGGGGUUUGAGGUAGCUAAACCUAGGAAAAAUUUGUCGUGGCUUAAAUCAGCAUUCGAGAAAAAAUCUGUUCAUUAUGUCAUGUCUUUUUUGUUCAAGGAUUUGAAAACAUGGGUUGAUGAGAAUAUUAGUAAGUUCGAUAAGAAACAGUUAUUGAUGCAAGACACUUUAAGGGUGUUCUUUAGCAUCCAUUUGCAAGACCAAGAUAUUUUUAGUAAGGUGUGCAGCUUUAAUGAGAUUUUCGGGGAAUAUGAAAAUUGCAUCGUUCCUUUAGACUUUUCAGUUUUCGCAGUCCAACAUCCAAUGGAAUUAGAGUACCAUAGUAUGGACUUGGCGAGAUUUGUGGAAACUGAUUAUUUCGUUUCAUUAUUCACUGCUGACUUUGAUAAAUGGUGCACCGAACUCUGUUUAUCAUUGAUUGAUGGUUUACUGGGUAAUGCGGUGUACCUCAGGCCUCUAGCGGUGCUAUUUAAGAACUCUCCGGAUUUUAGUAAAAAAUUCCUUCCUAACUUAGUUGUGUUCUUUCUUGAUCAAACUCCUCAGAAAAAUGUUACAUUGAUCAGCAAACUAGUUGAGAAGUAUUUGUGUUUGGAUGAAGCUUGCAUGUGCCAAGAGUCAAUGGAACUCUUUGUUGAUUUGUGCUUAAGAUUAAGAAUUGGCAGCAAAUAUAACGACAAGAAGUUUAUUCAAGCGUUUCAAAAUAGGUUUUCUGAAAGAGUUUUUCUAUUGGCGUGCCGAUUAGAACUUUGGAUUAUUGCGUUGAUGUUUUAUGAAUCAUUUAAAGGUGAUUUCAACAACUUGGAGCUGGUGUUAUCUUUUGAAGAGACAGAAAAAUUGUUAGAUAAGGCAUAUCAUUGUAUUGAUGCCGAAGAUAUAAAAUACUCUUUAUCGGUAAAGCCAACUCUCGAAUACGCAAUUGCUGCGAUAAAUGAAGAUAGUGACCUGAUGAAGAAAGUGAUGAUCAACAGCGCCAUCUUUGAAUCAUUGUAUAACAGCAAUAACUUGAUUUCUAGCAAAUCAAUCGUUAAUUCUGUGGAAGGUUGUGGAUUAUCUGGGAUUUCUAACCUCAUGAAUGAUUAUUUCAAUGAUAAAAAUAAUGAUGAUAUAGAGUUCGACAGCAGCUACAGGUGGGCAUGGAGGCUUGGGAAAUGGGAUCUUCCAGAUUCUGAAACCAGGUCAUAUAAUUCAACGAUAUAUAAGAAGUUGAAAUCUUUGAAACAAGAUAAAUUGACGAUGGAAAAUGACAAAAUCCUAGAAGAAGCGUUGCAGAUGUGUGACCGCUUGAGUACUGAUCAUGAAAGGAAUUACAAGAAUAAAUCAAUGAAUAGUGAUUCAUCGAAACUUUUAGGAUUUUUAUGGAACGUGGAAUCGUCGCUUAAAAUGGAUAAACCGUAUAUCAAAGGGAUUCAUAAGCUACAAAUCAAUUCCGACAGUUGGUUGUUUUCCAACGAUUUCUCAAGGUAUGAAGAUUUUUUGGAGGCCAAACAAGUGGCUUUGGGUUUGCAGUACCAGCAGGUAAAUUUCGGAAAACCUGGGAUCCACUCUUUUAAAAUUGCAUUGAUGAGGAUCAUUGAAUUAUUCACUUAUAAUAACUUGGCGUGCCUAAAUAAUGAGCCGCAAAAGGCCACAAAUUCUAUCAUGAAAAUGGACAAGAUCUUGAAGGAUGAUAUGAGAUACGAUGAAGAUGAUAAAUCUAUCACUAGCAUCAUCAGGGACGCCACGAUUAUUUCGCAAUUUGCCAUUGCCACUACUCUUUGGAACCAAAAAGAAACCCAAAUUCCUAUUGUGAUGUUGAAAAAAUUGAGAUCAGAAGUUAGCGAUUCGCAAUAUUCCGAAAUUGCAUUGAAGAAUGAAAUAGUCAGCAAAGAUCUUCUUGAAUCAUUAUUAGUGGAAUGGCUUUUUGAGCUGAAGCAAGAAACUCCGUCAUCGAUAAUGAAAGAGUAUAUCCAGACUUUUGAUUCGACGGAAACUGGUGCUCACACCACCAAAUUAUGCCACACCUUCGCAAAAUUCUGUGAUAAUCAAUUGAAGCUUUCGAAUAUUGAUGAGGAGCUUCUGAGAUAUUCCAAAAACAUCAAAAGCAUGAGCAAUGACUUGAAAGAGGCUCGGUCUCACAAGAAUUCGGAAAUGUCUAGAUACUCAAACAAAUUGAAAAGCCAGUUGCUUGCUGAUGACACUUAUUACAAAUCAUUGAUGGAAGCCAAAGAAAAUUUCAUUAACCUAUCGGUGAAAUUCUACGUCAACAGUAUCCUUACAGGUGAUGGGGCUUUUGAUUCGGACGUUGACAGGUUGUGUGCGUUGUGGUUGAAGUAUUCUGAUUCUGACAUGGUUAAUCUUGAGAUUGAACGGUUGGUAUCUGAUAAGCGAUUUUCUUACCAUAAAUUUAUUCCGUGGGUCAGUCAGUUAUCAUCUAGAUUGGCCACGGAUGAUUCGCUUUUCCAAAGAUGUUUGAAGAAAGUUUUAAUUAACUCGAGUUUAAAGCACCCGUACCAUACCCUCUUCAUUUUGAAGAGCUUGAGAUUACAACAUGAUUAUAAUAAAAACCCUGAUGCCAUCAUGAAGUCUAGAAUCACUGCUGCCAAUGAGUUGUGGAUAGAAUUAUUCAACCAUAGUAAUCAAUUCAACAGGAAAUACUUGAUGCCAAUUGACCAGUUUUGCAACAAUUCGGUGGGUUUGGCGAAUUAUGAAGUGACAAAAGAUCAGAAGGGUUUAUUGUUGAAGAACCUCAAUAUUGGGAAAUUUUGGACUGAGAAAUUGCCAAAUUUGGGGGUUCCAUUGCCAACCAGAGAGAUUGUGAUAAGGAAAGAUGCUGACUAUGAAAACUGUCCGGUGAUCAAGCGGGUUCUGUCACAAGUAGACAUAGCCCCCACUGGUAUUAGUAGACCCAAAAUUGUGGUAUUUGAGGAAACCGAUGGAUCGAUUGGUAGGGCAUUAUUCAAAGGUAACACCGAUGAUUUAAGACAAGAUGCGAUUAUGGAACAAGUGUUUGAAAAAGUAAAUGUUUUAUUGAUGAAAGACAAAGAGGCCGGCAAGCGGAAAUUACAAAUGAGAACUUAUAAAGUUGUUCCGAUGGGACCACAGGCAGGGAUGAUUCAAUUUGUUCCUGAUUGUAAAUCGUUUUUCGAUAUUGUUGCCCCAUACCACGCGAAAUAUGAUAAACUUAGCCAUAGGGAUCUUGCUAAAAGAUUGAUGAAUUGGGAGAAGUUGCCGGUGAAUCAAAGAGUGAUCAAUUAUGUACAUAAGAUUGACAACGUUAUUAAACCGGUAUUUCGAGAGUUUUUCUUUCGAGGGUUCUUGAACCCUUAUGAUUGGUUUGACAAAAGAUUGAAUUACAGUAAAGGAACUGCAGCAUGUUCUAUGGUCGGUCAUAUGCUUGGACUAGGGGAUAGACACGGGAACAAUAUUUUGAUAGACAAAACCUCUGGAGAACCGAUACAUAUAGAUCUUGGGGUAGCUUUUGACCAAGGGACGUUACUCGCAAUACCAGAAACCGUGCCAUUCCGACUCACCAAGGAUAUUGUUGAUGGGUUUGGGGUCAGUGGAGUCGAAGGGGUUUUCAGAAAAUCCUCUGAACAUGUGUUUAGAGUAUUAAGAGAUCAAAAAGAUCAGAUCGAUGGGAUUUUGAAUAUUUUGAAGUGGGAUCCGUUAUAUAUGUGGUCGAUAUCGCCACUCAGGAAGAAGCGUUUGGCAGAAGUUGGGAAUUUGCAUAAUAUCAAACAAGACAUUGGUGGUCUUGAGGCGUCGCGGGCCGUUGCAGGGGUUCAACUGAAGUUAGUUGCCCAAGGAUUGAGUGUGGAAGCUGCAGUGAGACUGUUGAUUCAAGAAGCGUCUGAUGUCAAGAACCUUGCGUUGUUGUACCAAGGAUGGUGUCCUUUCUAUUGA